UGGUUUGGGCUGUGAGAGUGUUGAGAAGUGACUGAAGGCAGGGGAAUGGUUCAGGAGCAUGAGGUAGAAGAAGCUGUCAAAGAGGAAGGGAGGUGGCUGCUCAGUCUGUUGUGUACAGGGUAAUGGCUUGGGGGCUGGGUGCAGUGUUUAGGGCAGGGGGGUGUGCAAUGUGUGUGUGAAGGUGUUGGGUGAAUUGCUUGUACUGUGCUGCUUGACACAAAUCCAGUGCCUGGAUAAUCAGGGUGAAGACCUGGAGGGCAAUGGUCAGAGCCUUUGGUGUCAAGAGCUGAUCCCAGGGUUUUGGAUUGCUGCUGGCACCUUCAGCAGCAGGAAUGUCUUCUAGGUGGCUCUUGACCUGUUACUGGCUUUUGCCUGUAGUCUGAAUGUGCUCUAAGGCACCAAGGGUGAGAAGGACCUGCCUUUUAGAGAUGCCAGAGGGCCCAUCAGUGAGGAAGUUCCAGCUGCUGACCUCACGUUUUGUGGGACAAGUGGUGGCCAAGGUGGGGGGAAGCAGCAAGAAGAUUAAUGUGAAUGACCUGAAUGCCCUGAGGCUCCAGGAUUCCCAGGUCCAUGGGAAGAACUUAUUCCUAGCGUUUGUGGCAGCCAGCUCUCCCUUAGAACCAAGUGUGGAAGAGACAGAGCUGCAAAAAGAGGCUGCCACAGGGUCUAGGUCCCUUGUUCAGGGAAAGCAAGGGCAGGUUUGUGCUCCAUUGACUCCGACCCAGGAAGAAGAGCUGCAGGAACUGCAGAACUCCAGACCUGGUGCUCCAAGUGCAGCAGGGGGCCCAGGCAGUUGGCUGCGCUUCCACUUCGGUUUGUUUGGCAGCGUUCGGGCAAACGAGUUCUCAAGAGCAAGCAGAGCCAAUAAGAGGGGGGACUGGAAGGAUCCUAUACCCAGGCUGGUGCUGUAUUUUGAGAGUGGAGGCUUCCUUGUUUUCUACAACUGCCGAAUGCACUGGUGCUCAUCUCCGGUGGCUGAUCCCACUUCUGACAUCCUGUCUGCAGAAUUCCACCGUGGCCGGGCACUGGAUGCCCUCUGCACAUCUCAUCCCAUCUGCUACACCCUCUUGGACCAGAGAUACUUUUCAGGGCUGGGGAACAUCAUUAAAAAUGAAGUCCUGUACCUGGUGAAGAUCCACCCAUUAACACAAGGAUCUCUCUUGGCUCAGUCGGAUCUGGAGCAUCUGCUUGAUUGUGCCAUUCAGUUCACCUCCGACUGGCUGCAGAGCAAGCUGCAAGGCAAAGGGCUGCACCUGCAGAUCUACCAGAAGGAGCAGUGUCCUCUUGGGCACGUAGUGAUGAAAGGAGCCCUAGGACCCCCAGGUGGCUGGAAAAGGCUUACAUGGUGGUGUCCUCAGUGCCAACCUGCAGUGCUGCCAGGGGAUGGGGAUCUGGCCCUGGGCACUGAGUGACGUGGCUCUGUGUUCCUAUUUUUUUUUUUUCCUUGUGUAGUUCAGCAUUAGAUAAUCCUGUGCCUGCUUAGAGCUGAGUACGCGUUGAGUAGUGAUUAGGUGUGGUUAAAAUUAAAUGGUUGUUCCCUCCAUCA